UCUGGAACAUUGAUUCCAAUCGCAUAGUGCUUUUCUUUUCAUUGAUUCUGAUAUUAUAAGGCGACGAAGAUAGCACCGUACAUACCAUUUUAAGUCGUGCGUGGCUGAUAAUAGUGUUAUCGUCCAUCCCGUCCAUCCCGUCCAUCCUUGGCUGGCAUACGGGUUGUACAACCUGAAUCUGGCCAACCCCCGAACGAGGCCGGCGUCGAUCGUCUGCAAGGUGCGAAUGUGAAACGUUGCGAAAACGACAUGUGCUGUAACCCCGCCUAAUAUUGAAGACCUUUUUUUUUUUUAAAGAUUCAACGUUGUCCAUGAUGUCAAGUGUUGGCAGUUUCGAAGGUGCAGAGGAUGUCAAUGACUUCCUUCAACGGAUAAGGGAAUUAGGACAUAGGCGUGACAAGGAGGAUGAAGAGCGCACGAGGAAGCUAGAGGAGGAAAUACUGCAAGGGCGCAAAGAGAGGCAAGCCCGUCGAGCAGAGCGAGCAAGGUCAAUAUCCCCUACAAAGGACACGCCCUCCAACAUCAGUACACCACCGCCUGAAAGAUCUCCGUUGGACGCGACCAAGCAGGACAACCACCCCGGCUCUUCCUUUGGUUCAAACUCAUCGAGUUCAGAUCAUACUUUGCGCAACGCGCAAAUCAGCGAUACACUACGACGUUUGACUGGCAUAGAGGAGAGCAAUUCCUCUACACAGUCUCCACAAGAAGCGAUGCGUGAACUACCGCAACCACCAGCAAAGCCUUUGAGCGCGUCACGAGGUUCAUCUGCAGCCCCCAUUAUCCCUUCUAGGGCUGGCACUCUCUCUUGGCAACGCCGACCAGAUUCUCGUUCGUCAAUUGGCUCACCUGUUCGUCAACAUUCGAUUGCUACAAAAGAAAAUCGCUCGGAGGGACCCUCAGAUUCUCUAGUCGAUAACCCUGACUUGAAGGCACCUGAUGAUCUCGGCCGCUCUAGAAACCAAAUCGCACAAUCUCUAGCAUCGAAAGAUCCUUCUUGGUUCAAACAAACAGCCGACAGAGGUCUCCGAUCCCCUGCUUAUCGACGCGACGACAGUGUGCCAAAUUCAUCUCGCGGCUCACCGGCGAACAAGAUGCCCCUGCCAGGACUCUCCCAUCGACCAACUGUUUCAUUCGAGAAAAGCAAUGCGCAUUCUGAAACCACAAGUCCACAAGCCUGUCCUUCCUCGAGUCCGGAGCCAGCUGGAGCUCUGGCAAGUGAGCAGUACACGGAAGCCGCUGCUCCUCUGAAUCUUCCUGAAUCUAGUUUAGCGGAAGAUGUCACAUCAAAUAAUUUGAGUGCGAGCCGAAAAGCUGACUUGCAUGAUGCUGGCAUAGGAGGAUCUGGUGAACUCGAACCCUUGGCUUCUAAUAUAUCGUCAAUAGCAAACCCUCUUCCUAUUCAAGGGUCGCCUGAGGCGCCUGAGCGCGCGAGUUCACCAACGAAAGGGCUCGGGGGCUUCGUUCAGAGCGCAAUGCUUAAACGGUCUGAUAGUGUCAGCAAGAGAUGGAGCACUCAGUCACGCCCCGGUCUUAGUCGUGGGAACUCGAUUGCUAAUCACAUGGGGCCACUGAAUGAGAGCAAGCAGCACCUUAGCGCUUUGAAUGGAUCCAGGAGGGCGCCGAACCCCGAGUUGCCUCCGGUUAGUCGACUCAAUGAAAGCUCUUCUCUCCCAAUGCUUCGCCCAAAAUCUAGCUCUAAUGGCGACUUGGUUCCUUGGCAAGUUGAGGAGACUGCUCCAGAUUCCCACAAUGAGCGUUCUCAGCAUACCAUUGAUUCAAGGCCCCCUUCAGACAUCGUUAAGCCUAUGCUGAUCCACCACUCUCGAUCUCGAUCAACGACCAAUAUCGGAAGCGAAGACAGCACCAAAAGUCCCACCGGCUCGCUCACGACGCCACCAGUCAGUCCAUCCAAAACCAUGGACCAAAAACGCUGGAGCCCGACAAAGGCAAGCUGGCUAGAAAGCGCGCUGAAUAAACCAGAAAGCUCCAAGCCGAAAGUGCCGGUGGCACCGCCACAGCCAAGCUGGAUGGCAGAGAUUAGCAAAGCGAAACAGCAGCGGAAUAGCGUAGAUCUCGGAAAAGGCGCCCGCUUGGACCUGAGAUCUACUGCGGACUCAUCCAACAAUUUAUCCGCGUCGGCGACUCCCUCAAGGGAUGAACUAGGGCCUCUAGGCAAGGAUGACAAGAUCCCAGAAAUGCCGAAUAGCCCAGGUACGCGUUUUGGCGUAACUUUAAAACGAAGAAUCACGGAAGCCACCCCGCGCAGUCCAGAGAGAGCAAUGCAAAUGGACAUCGAUGUGGGCAGCUCUGAGAAAGAGCAGAGAGGCACGGCAGCAGAUCUCAAGAGUCACGUCGAGCCAACAAAACCCAAACCGGCAACGCCUCCGAAAAAGGAUUUCCGUUCUACGCUGAAGACUAUGCCCUCGAAAGCGGAAUCAAAGGAUGCCGACGAACCCGAAUUCAAAAACGUUUUUGGCAAGCUAAAGCGCACCCAGACUCAACAUUAUGUAGCUCAAAACGAGUUGAAAGACAAUAUACUCCGCGGAAAGGCUGGUCUCACAGCCACGGGCGGUCCACGAAAGAGUGUAGUGAAAGAUGACUUUAAGGAGAGCAUUGUCAAACGAAAAGAAGUCAUAAAAUCACGAGCAGACGCGGAACGUAUUCCGCGUCCAUCCUCGAGAGAAGAAGGCGGUCCGGUGUCUGCUAGCCGCCCAGUCGAGACACGGGCAAUCCAAUCAAAAUCCGUACCUGCCGAAGGUGAUACCGAAACGAAUCUGACCCAAGAAGACUCUUCGAAUUUUAAAAAUGAUCCGAUCGGCCGAGAUCAAAGAAAAUUUCACCAAAACCACGAUAAUGCAGCGAAAGAAAUGCCCUCAGCAAAGCCUACAACUACAGGCUUUGGAAAAAGUGGAAAUUUAGCAGCGAGAUUCAAUCCAGCUCUAGCUCAGGCACUAGCCCGAGGACCUCGCCAAGGUGCUGCCCAAGAAGGAGAGCGACCUUGGGAUCCAGAGAGCUCUCCUACCUCGAGUGGCUCAGCGAUCGCAAAUGAUGACAAGCUCGGCGACCAGCGUACCUCGUCAACGCAGCUAACGCAUAUGACCAAGGGAAGGGCUCGUGGCCCGAAACGGAGACUUCCAACCUCUAAGCAACAAAGCCCACGUAACAGCGGUCAAAAAACUCAAAGCCAAGAUACAACUUCUGAUGAGCCAAGCGAGGCUGACACAUCUGCAAAGCUUUGGGAUGCAAAAUCCGAAGCUCCAGCAUCUCGCCCACAAAGUCGCAAUGGAUCCGAGCUUAGUAUGCUGAGGUCGCCUUCUUCAUUCGUUCAGCAGAGGGCAGGAGACCGCAACGCAGAAAACGUCGGGAAAGUGGAGCAUGAAUUACACCAUACACCGGCCUUUCAUGCCUCAGGAAAAUCAAGCUCUAGAGAGCCAUCGCCCCGCUCCCAGCCUGGUAGACCUGAGCCAAACAGUACCCACGCCAUGGCUUCCACAAUUACCCGGCCCAAGAUUCCCAUGGAAGCUCAGGCGUCGGUAUCUGUCAAGGCGGCAACAAAAAUGUGGGGUCAAUGUGGAAUUUCGAAAGCCGCCCAAUAUUCUCCAGCCGAAAAGCUAAAUGCAACCGCAAAAAUAAAUAGUAACGAAAGUGUCAGCACUCCGGCCACUGCCCUCCCCCCUUCUUCAGCGGAUCAUUUCCGACACGUGAUACAAAAUAAACAAGAAGACGUUAAUUCGACCCCAAAGCAACACACUGCUGCUCAUCCUGAGACCCAGCCAGCUCCGGCUGCCACUAGAUCAAAGCCCCCGUCAGUGAUUUCUCAGCUUCGUCAUUCGCCUUCGUCUAUUAACACUGAUGAAGCUUUACUCAACCAGGCGACUAUCCAGGAAUCUUUGCAACAGUCCCCCGUUCCAAAGACAUCUGAAGCAGCAAGACUGUUUGCAGAGUUUUUCGACAUUCCUCCCACUGGAAAGGGCGCCGUAACCAUCGAUACGCAAGCUCUCUUGUCCGACGAAUUCACUCUCUCCAAGAAAGUGAAAACGAUUCAAAAGAACAUCUGGCGGAUACGUUCAGGUGCGGAUAAAGAAGAGCUUUCUCCAGGCAAAGAGCACAUUUUAUUUGAUGGGGAAGCUUAUCUUUGUACCCAUACUUUCAUUGCGCAAAAUGGAAAAAGAGACAUGGAAUGUUAUGCAUGGGUCGGAGACUCAGUUCGAGACUCUGAGUUCCAAUACGUGAUGCAACGAGGGCGGCAGAUGUCGGAGGACCACGGCUGCCUAUUCUCAAUCUUUCGGCAAGGGAAAGAAAGUUCAAACUUCAUUCAAGCACUAGGGGGCAUUGUUAUCGUCCGUCGAGGGAAUAUGAUGGGACAGCACACAGGGCAACCGUAUAUUCUCUGUGGCCGCCGCCAUCUUGGGAACGUUGUAUUUGAUGAGGUUGACCUAUCUCUUAACAGUCUCUGUUCUGGAUUCCCUUACCUGAUCUCUAGACCAAGAGGAAAGCCUAUCUUGUGGAAAGGAAGAGGUUGUAGUGCUGACGAACUCGGAUGUGCAAGGUUGAUUGGCAUGGAUGUAGGGGUCUCGCCGGAAAUUGAAGAAGUAGAAGAGGGUCACGAAUCUUCAUCCUUUUUUCAGGCUUUCUCUAUCGAUAGCAAGACAGCCAUUCCCAAGUCUGCUGAUCAUUGGAGAUUAAAAGCCAGCUACGAUAAUUAUAGAUGCAGACUAUUCUGCAUUGAUUUGGGCGUCAAGUCGAAGGUUCGUGAGAUAUCACCUUUUUGUCAAAGAGAUCUUUGCAUUUCUGACAUAUAUGUCGUGGAUGCUUUCUUUGAGAUUUAUAUCGUGAUUGGUGCGCAGGCCCAAUCACGGUCUACUGAAUUCCAGGCCGCGCUGCUAUUCGCCCAAGAAUAUGGAAUUCUCUCCGCAUCAUUAGAGGAUCGCCCAUUUCUUCCCGUUAGUACAGUCAUCCUUCAAGGCAUUCCGCGGGAUUUCAAAGCCAUAUUUAGAAAAUGGGAAGAGGAGCAUAUCAUGACUUCAUGGCAGCCGAAGCGGAGCCCGAGCUUGAGGGUUGUCCCGUUGGGCGCCGCUAUAGAAGCAACUCGACCACGAUAAAACAUCCUGUAUUUGAUCGCUAAGCUGAGUCUCGUGGCGUUAUUGUUUUCCCCACUGGGGGCCUUUUUUGGAGGAAAUAGAAAAGGCUAAUUGUAUUUGGCGGUUUUCUUGUACAUGAUUGAUCGCUUGAGCUCUUAAAAUUAUUAUGCAACCUUUGUUCUGAGGAUUCAAACAGUGG